AUGCAGGAUGCUGCUUUUUGCGUGUGUGCACGUCUUAUAGAGCAAAUACCUUUGGUCUGGGUAGAGUUGACUCGUCGCGCUGCAAUACUUCGACCCCGCAAUCCGACACUAUGGUUUGGUAAGUUGGUUUUAGUGUCUGUUAGUGUUUCAGAUAUUGAGAAAUUUGCGGCGCGUAGCCAUCAUCUUAUGCCUGCUCGCGCCCUGUUGCUCCGUGACACCCACGGGGAUAGUCGUAACAACGGCAGAGACGGUAAGGACGGCGGAAAUCCUUCGUCAGCGCCAGUUUCCUCGCGUGCAGUUGGUAUGGGAUCGACGGCAGAUGCGUCUACGAACAAUAUCACGACAUCAGCCACAACGGAAACCAUUUCGUCAUCGACUCUAUCAAACUCAGUUCCCAUCAAGAUGGCGCCAGCCGCCUUAACCGCUGGAUCUCUGAGCAUUGACCCAACUCAAUCAGAGUGCCUUGCAGCUUGUUACUUCUUCACAGUGACGACGCCUGCGUUGCGCAGGAAGUACCCCCAAGUGAUUGAGGUAAGGCCGUUGAAUCAUGAAGAGGGUGGGGAACGUCUUCCAGGAAGUUCGGGCUCCUCAUUUGGAACAAAAAAACGCAAUCGUGUAGGGAGAGACGGCGAAAUCAAAAGGCCGUUAACCUGUCUUGUCGGUGGUACUACCGCCAAUCAAUUCACGUUCAACGCAUGCGAAGUCAGCGCAACCUCCUCCAAAGACGGUGAAUUUUGUCGACAACCACCCAUCGAGGGUGACUAUCUGGAUGAAAAUUCUGAAGAGGAAGAUGAAUUUGGAGGGGACCGCGAGGGUGGUGGCUCCAGAAAGCGUUUGUCUACAGGGCCUUCUCUUGUUUCGAGACUUAGUAAAAAGAGAAAGCUCACACGUGUGGGUAUUAUGAGACCUCUAUAUUCUACUUUGCAUUCGUCUAAGCUGAAUGGAAAAGCAGAAACAAACGGUAAUGACAAAGAUGGUGAGUUCGACGAAGAUGAGGAAGGUAGGGACGAUGACGUCGAUGACGAAGGCCUUGAUGAGGAAAAUAUUGAUCAACGGAAAUGGAACAGACUAUUCUCUCUGUUGAUGCGAACAAACGAUUCUGAAGAUCUGAAGAAAGAAUCCUCGAUCCGACAGCAACCGCAACCAGUGUCGCUUGCGCCUGUUAUGAGCCCUUCCAUCCCAUGGGGCUCUUUGGGCCGCCCUUUGAAUCUUAUCGAACUAGCGGCUCAAGCUCACGUUACGGCAUUUAUCACGCGGAGGAAGUGUAUUGAGGCACUUUUUCGGAGGCCACUGCUUUACGAAUUCCACACGUGGUAUGAACUGAAUUUGUUUGCUCAUGAUACUCAUGGUGUCGGCUCAGAUGAUUUUCCCCGUCCUGAUUUACCUACCUCCUCUUCUUCAGCUCCAACUCUUCUAGAGAGGAUUCACCCGUCUACGGAGGAAUCUGAAAGCCAAGCCGAACCUGUUGUCGACUUCAAGGAAAAAUUCAACCCAAAUGAUACUUCGAGUUGUCUGCAUCCGACCCGUUUUCGCAGUUUCUGGAAUCCUCGUUCUAACGGCUCAUCAACAAGUACUUUCAUGUUGCCUUCUCUCAUGCCAAGACCAGCUUCUCUUGUAACAUGUGAUUUCUUAUUGAUGCGGCUUCUGAUUUGUGCAACGUGGCUAACCGUUUAUGUAGAUGUUCUUCUGCCAAGGCUAGCUUAUCUUGAAAAAAAACAAACAAAACUUACCGGUUUAAUCCCUGAUCUAUUUGCUGAUUCGGAAUCGCCGAAAGUAACGACUUGCGGCGCUACAAUUAAUGAAGAAAGCACUAGCGAUAACACUCAGAUCACGAAUAGAAAUCUUUCAAGGGGUGCCACAGAAGUAAUUCCAGAUAGAGGCCUUCUCGCAGUGCAUUCCAAUAAAACCAAAUCGGGCGCCUAUGAUACCAACCUUAUCCAAACAUCAGCGUGCGUCGCCUUUUGUGCGAGGAUUGUGAAGAUUGAAAGUAGGAAGUAUGGUUGCGGUAGCAAAAGGGGACAUAGACAGUGUGAUAGAGGUCUGCCUCUGUUGUGCCCAGUGUGCGACGAAGAGCUUCACAAUAGCACCCAUAUCAAGUUUGCAUGGAGCGCGUUGCGUGAGGAUCGUGAAAUGCUUUGGAAACGUAUGGAUGCCUUCAUGGAGGUGAUGCGCGCUGAGGGUUACGUAUCCCCUUCAGAUAGCUUCGACACGGAAGAUGAGGCGGAGACUCAGCAGCCGGAGAAAAGUGGAGGUUUAGAAAGUGAGGUAUCUCAACCGCAGGACAGCACUUUUCCAGUGCAUCAUGAAAUGUCAGCCAAACAUCAUAUUAGUUUGAGAGCGUGGUGGAACGUAUUUGUGGGAGCGACGUCCGCACGUGAAGUUGUUGAGAGCACUCUUCGGUAUUCUUCCUCCUCCCCUUCAACGUUUCCUGCAUGGCAACAUCUUUCAACAUGCGCCGACCACCCUGAAGGUGCCGUUACAGGCCUCAGCGAAAUGGAUGUACGAGGCCGACAUGCUAGUAGUUUUAAAAAUGUGUUUCACAUAAUUUCGGGGACACUUAGUUAUACUGGUGAAGAGAUAAUUAAUGUACGAAAUUGUUUCUUCAGAGCAAUGGCGCACCGCAUGCAUGAUGUUGUCGAAGAGCUUUGCGUCAUUCUACUCUUGUCUAGUAAGGACUCUCGCGCAGAGGAAAUGCUUGCGAGAAACUCAGGCCGAAACAAAACCAGUGAGUUUGCAGCGAACGUCCUAUAUGAUAAGGCGGGAAAUGAUGGGGGUAUCAACUGUCCUCAACCGGCCGACCCCAAGGGUGGUUGCUCUAGCACGAAGAACAAAGCUGCUUUUUGUAAUGUCUUGUUGGAAAAAUAUAGGUGGCUGCACCGGGCGAACGGAGUGAAGACGACAUCCCCAAGCAAAAAGGGCGUCUCACAUGAAAAGAGCAAGAUGAGAAAGGAUACUGGCUUGAGCACUUUUUCCUCCCCCUAUACCCAUGGGGAGGGGUUAAAAAAUCACUUGAAGGCUUGCAGUCUGCGUCAAUUGGUAUUGGAGGUGGUUCUCGGGGGAUGUUCUGUUGAACACGUCGCGCUCUUCCUCUUUCCUUCUUUAUAUUCUUAUCAAAAAUGUGAUGUUAAAGAGGGUCAGGAAGUGGCUCCGUUACCAGAGCACUAUAAGAAACAACAGCGGGAAAUAUUGGAACUUCUUGAUUUUAUCCCCUCCACGUUGCCCCCACUUCAGGAGGAAGACGGCAUUUUGGAAUGCGCGCGAUGCCUUACGCUAUUUCAUCAACACUGCGUAGGUCCUUUUCAGCGGGAUUUUAUUAUGGGUUAUUUUUUAUGCCAUACCUGUCGACUUUUAAUAUCUCAAAAGCCAUACUGA